AUGUAUUUUGCGCGUCGCUACAGGCGACCCAUUCUCGCUGAAGUCAUCCAAUGCCUUCCGAACUUUGUGCAAAAACGACCUGGCGACUUCCUCCAAACAUUUAUAACUCUAUCUUUCCUUGACUUUAUCUUUUUUUCUUUCUUUUACAUUGAUUUUCUUUCUUUCUUUCACUUUAUCGUUUUUCUUUCUUUCAUUUUAAUUUUCUUUCUUUUUUUCUCCCUUUCUUUCUUUCACUUUAUCGUUUUUCUUUCUUUAAUUUCAUCUUUCUUUCUUUCCCUCUUUUAUUCUUUCUUUCCCUUCAUUUUUCUUUCUUUCACUUUCUCUCUCUCUCUCUCUCUCAUUCGUUCUUUCUUUCUUUUACUUUAUCUUUCUUUCUUCAUUUUAUCUUUCUUUCUUUCCAUCUUUCAUUCUUUCUUUCACUGUCUUUUUUCUUUCUUUCAUUUUAUCUUUCUUUCCCUUCAUCUUUCUUUCUUUCACUUUCUCUUUCUCUCUCUCAUUCGUUCUUUCUUUCUUUCUUCACCUUAUCUUUUUUUCUUUCUUUAA